GGCAAACGGAGACCCAUUAUAAUUUGAUUGCAACAAAAAGAAUUUGCUCACAAUUAACCUAAACGCUCUUGUGCCUCGGGCGCAGUUUUCACCAGGCCGUCGGUCGGUAAUUGCGUUCUCCAGGCCCCCAGAAAGUUUUAUAAUUGCCUUGCCGUUGGCAGAGAUUGCCACCGUUUCCAUCUAGCCCAUCUACUUCCCUACCUCCCUGCCCCUGCCUCACUCAAUUCUAAUUGAGUUGCAACCAAAAAUUGAGGGGAUAGAGUGAAAAAUUGCGCAUACGCCACGUUUACAACGAUGCGUUUAAUGGACUCUGCGAUGUCUAGCAUAAAGCCACAUGCAACUUUCGUCUCCGGCGGGCAAAUUCAAUUUGUUUAUUGCAUGCUUCGACUCUGUUUAUAUUUAUUAUCAACACCCGGAGAACUCGGGAACUCGAGAACUCCACUGUACGGGCCACUGUAAUUGCAUUUCCUGCCAAAGUGCUAGGCCGAGGUCAGAGGUUGGGCCCUUUCGGAGUGGCUCUUUCAAUUGAGUGAGUGCCGAGUUUGAAGUAUUGUUGGGGUAAUUUGUUUGCUUGUGCAGCCAGUUACUCGUGGUUAUCGCACUGACAGCCCAUAACCGUAUAUGUUAUGUAUGCCUGCCUGUUUGGAGGUUUCUUUAAUGAGUGCCAUUCAUGCUCUAUGAGGUUUGGGGUUUGGAUCUACAUGGUAGGAUAGUUGAAUAGAUGUAUAGUCGAACUCCAAAGUUUCGUAUUAGCCUGUGCCCGUGCCGCGUGCCAGAGUUCAGCGAAAGUGGAAGUCUCACCUGACCUGGAAGCCCACUCAACUGUCACAUAUGUCGGCCAUGUGGACGAAGCACACAUGCGAAUCAACAUGCCAUUUGUGGCAUGUGCCCCAUGCAACCGGAAAUAUAUGCAAAUUUGGCAACAUCUACCUAAUUGGGGUUAACCACUUGGCGAUUAAGCAGCGAAUUUAGUGCUACAGGAAAAAUGUUGCAUAGCAAUUUCCCAAGCUGGCAGCCCCAACAACUCAUUAAACUGUCUCCCGAGUCUUUGACAUAAAAAUGCUAAUUCCGGAAAAAGCACGUGCAGUCGGGGUCAGGAGUUGGGUGGCGUGGGAUGUUAGGGGUUAGAAGGUGGCAUGUUUUUUUUGGGGCAGCUGGAGCAGUUGGGGCAGCCAGCGGAAGUCACUCAGUCGCUUCGGUUGCAUUUCGCGUGCCGAAGACACUUAAACCGCAAUGCCAAAAGGAAGGCGACUCGGGCAGCUAGACAAACAAACAGUCACUAUCGCCGAUUCAGGGCUGCAGAAAUUGUGAUGGAGUGAUGGCAUAUCAGGGAUUUGGAUGGCAGAGAACACCAUACGGAUUUAGGAUUUUAAUCAGUUCCUCUAUAUACAAUUCUAAGAUAUAUAUCAAAAAUAUAGAUUAUUCAGAUAUUCACUAAGAAGGGUUUAUAGCUUGUUUCCAUUGUAAUAACUACAUGCUUCCUUUGCUCAAAUGUAUUAGCUAAACGUUUUGGGAGCCUUUUCCCGCAGCCCUGUGUCUCCGUCCGCAGGUCACCCAGAAACAUGACUUCGACAUGCCGGGCGACAGUGGCUUUAGUGGCGUCGUCGUCAAGCCAAACAGAAGCGGCAGUGAGGCGGCAACUGGCGAAGCAACCAGUCAUCCACCGGCGACGAGGAAGAGGACAACUGAGCACCCGAGCUGGGGACGCUGGAGUAGGCAUUUGUUUACCCGCUUAAUAUGCACAGGAUUUAAUUAGCCAUAGAAUCCUCGGGAGGAGCGGGUGGAAAUGCGUCCCAUUUGGGAGUCGGCCAGCAGGCCGCUGUUUGUGCGCUCCGUGUGGCAGGAGGCGAUCGGGAGGCGCCACUUCAUCCUCGACUACGAGCCGCGACAGAGGCAGCGCUGGAAGCGCCAGAAGACAAGGCUGAGAGGCAACUACCAGCAGACGGAAUCCUACGAGAUUCUCGAGCAGUCCGUGGAGGACAGUGUGGAGUACCUGGACGAGUACCUUUUGCUGGACGCCACCAAGCUGACGCUGCAGCAGCAACAAUCGCUGCCCACCCUGGGUGGCCGCCCAGGCCCCGCCCCCUCGACGGGUGGAGGUCAUCGGGGGGAGCAGCGCCACCAGAGCCGGCAGUCGAAGCGCCGCGCUUGGCUGUUGAGUCGCGGGCGCACCUACAACAUGGACCACCACCACCACAUGGACCAUCAGUCGCGCAGGAGUUCGCUACAGGAUGCAACUAGCACUCUCUCCACGACGGCCAACAAUCCCGAGGAGCGACUGGCCGAAAGGGUGCUGCACUGGUUGGAUUUGGCCGGACGCACUGAUAUAGUGAAGGAGAAGGUGGUGGUCACUCCGCCGGCCACCAGUAGUGCCCAGUUGGCCAGAUCAGCGCAGAGGAUGCAGCGCAGUCACCAUCGCAGCAUGAGUCUCAAGCGCGUGGCGGCGGCGGCAGUGCAUCACCAGCGAUCGGUGGCCAGGAAGCCAGUCGCCAAGCCAGCACCCGUGGCCCAACAGGUCACCAGCUCCUCCCUGUCCGCCUCCAAUGCCAAGCCCAUAACCAUUAUCUUCAACAAGGAGGGCGUGCCCGUGCGCCUCAAUAGACCUGCUCGCAACAUCGACCUCUGCACCCUGAGCAGCAGUGCCAGCACCACGAGGAGAUUGGCUGGUCAGUUGGCCUCGGCGCGCUUGUACAGCGGAGCCACUGCAUCCCCACUGCCGGAGGACAGCCGUACGCCACCACUCAGUGGCCGGGGAAUGGGAUCAUCCGCCGCCUCGGACAGCAGGAAGCAGCUGCACAUCUUCAUGCCCAGUCUGCCCAAGAAGGGUCUGCUGGCGGCGGGUUCCACGCCGGGCAGUGGCAUUGGCGGUUCUGGCGAAGAUGCCCUGAGCACCAGCUUCAGUGAGCUGUGCCAGUUGUAGUCCGCCUUACUGAUUAAGUUGCCUAUCUAAAGGUCCUCGAUAAAGAAAGUACUCAUUUUCCAGUGGGCUUAGAACCGUUUUGAACUAACAACGUAAUUUAAUUUGUAGAACUUUUCAAAACGAUUUCUUAUAUUCUUCUUAUACUUUGAAUAAAAAGGAACUGCAAAAUUUUUUCCAUUUUAAUUGCAUACACAUUCAU